CCAAGGACCUGCCGGAAGGGGGGCCGCCGCGGCCCCCGCCCCCGCCGCCGCCGGCGCCGCGCGCUCUCGAGGCCGGGCGCGCGCGCCUGGUGGAGGGAGGGUCCGGGAAGCGAUCCUCGCUUGCCCUCUGUGCCGAGGCCGCCCUCCCCGCUCCCUUCCGGUUCCGAAGCUGCUUGUCUGUUGAGCCCGGUGUAUGUGCGGUAACAACAUGUCGGCGCCGCUCCCUGCCAUAGUGCCCGCAGCCAGGAAGGCAAGCGCCGCGGUUAUUUUUCUUCAUGGAUUAGGAGAUACGGGGCAUGGAUGGGCGGAAGCUUUUGCAGGUAUCAGAAGUUCACAUAUCAAAUAUAUUUGUCCACAUGCACCAGUUAUGCCUGUUACCCUAAAUAUGAGCAUGGCUAUGCCUUCUUGGUUUGAUAUUAUUGGACUCUCUCCUGACUCGCAGGAGGAUGAACAUGGAAUAAAACAAGCUGCAGAAAAUAUUAAGGCUUUAAUAGAUCAAGAAGUGAAGAAUGGAAUUCCAUCUCAUAGGAUUGUUUUGGGAGGAUUUUCUCAGGGAGGAGCUUUGUCUUUGUAUACUGCUCUUACAUCACAGCAAAAAUUGGCUGGUGUUAUAGCCCUCAGCUGUUGGCUUCCACUUCGAUCUUCAUUUCCACAGGGCCCCAUCAGUGGGGUUAAUAAAGAUAUUUCUAUUCUCCAGUGUCAUGGAGACUGUGACCCUUUGGUUCCCCACAUGUUUGGUUCUCUCACUGUUGAAAAGCUAAAAACAUUGGUAAAUCCAUCUAAUGUGAGCUUCCGUACCUAUGAAGGCAUGAUGCACAGUUCGUGUAACCAGGAAAUGUUGGAUGUCAAGCACUUCGUUGAUAAACUCCUACCUCCAGUUGACUGACAAGAUGUAAGAAGCCUUCUAUAGAAGUACACCAGCAUCAUUGUAGUCGAGAAUAAACCUUUUCACAUGCCCAGUCCUGAAA